AUGGUCGCCAAAUCGGCCGUGACAUCAGCUGCCCGAAUAGCUGCUAUAGCAACUAGGGGAGCGGAAGUGGGAGCGGGAGUGGGUGUCUGUUCGGAGAAGCGGCUUGUAAAGGUUUCCUCCAGCGACUCGUCGACUUCAGAGAUACCUCCACCGCCUCCAAAAGAGACUGUCCAUGUCAACCCUUCAAUCGUAAGCACGUGGAACGUUGUCCGCUUCCCCAAAUCAACAGAGCCCAUUCAGGGUAGGGUCAGAGAGCCCACAUCCCGUGCUGCUCUGCUAUGGCGGGCACAGGAAGUGGCAAGGCUGCGCAAAGCCCUUAAUCGCAUGACACACGGGAAAAAUAUAUUCGCGUACAAUAACAUCCGGACAAAUCAGGUUAUAUAUUCAUUUACCAGAGCUCUUGAGAAAAACAAGGUCCUCUCCCAACUCAUCUACCACGGUAAAAAGACCGUCCCCGCAACCCUGCGCAAGGAUAUGUGGACCCCUUAUUUCUCCGUGCACUUCCCCUCCGCCACUCUGGGCCUCGAAACCUAUCGUCUCCUCCGCGAAUUCUCUAUACAGCGCCAGCUAGCACCACCCACAGACAUAAUCACCGCAUCAAAAGAUAACGAGGUGCUCACCCGCCAGCGCCCUCGAGACCCCAAGAAAGCAGAGGAAUGGGAUGAGCAGUGGAAUCCUCGAAUGGAACAACGCCAGAUUCUUAACAAGAGGCUGCGCGCCCGGGUGCUGAUGGACCAGAAGGCGACCAGCGUGGCGGAUAUUGCGGCUGUGUUGGAGUUGCAGGAGCAGAAAUUGAAGGCCCAGGAAGAGCAGGAGGCCAGAGAGGCGGAGCAGGAAGAUGGGAAUGGGGCCGGAGAGAAGGAAGGAGAGAGAAAGGUGGUUAGUGGGACGAAAGGCGUUAUCGAGAAGGAUGGAGUUAAGAGGGAUUCUAAGGGGAGGAAAGUCAGUCGCAAGAGGCUGGCGCGGAUCCGGGCUGCGAUCAGGAAGGAGCAGAGGCUCGAGAAGGAAACUAUGGACAAAAUCGCCAAGUUGGAAAGAAAGAUUUGGUCGCCGACGGCGACAUAUAAGAUUGACCCGGACGUGCCGCCGACGGAGCACCAUAUUGUCAAUGACGGGGAGAUCAAGAUCUUUUGGAUGGACGUGCAUAAUUUGCAAUAUGCGGAGUCGUGGCCCAAGAAUGUCGUUCAUGGCCAGUUGAAAAUUACUGGGGAUCAUAUUAUGGGCGUUGAUCUUGACCUUGAGGGUCCCGUGCUGGCGGAGUUUGAGACUGCUCCUGCUGCUAGAGUGGAGGGGGGUGCGGGAAAGGGAGAGGGAGAAGGAGAGGGACGGGCUGAAGCUGGGGGCGAGGAGGAGAACGGAGAGCCUCCAAAGGAAGAGAAGUCGGGCCUGAAGAAGUUGAAGUUCUGGUAG